UGAAGCGCGUAUGGAUAUAUAAGAGGAAAAUGGCUGCCGUAGAUCUUUAUCGAAUUAUUUCGAACUUCACAAACUUACGUUAGACCUUUGCCUCGAGAUUCUGUAGUUUUGUCAGUUUGUAGCGCGAUUAUAUUAUCCGGUUAAAUUGUCAUGGCGAAAAGAAAUUGUUCGAGAACGAAAAAUCUGGCUUCGAGCAUCAUCGGAUCCCAAAUCUCUGGGAGAUGCCUCAGAACCAACAUGGUAGGUGUUGCUACGUAAGCGUUUUGGGUAAUACUGAUGAUUUUAAGUUAUGGCGUUGAAACGGUCGUAAUAUCUGUGCUUCUGGGUUUUCGUUUUAGCUUCCUGACGAGUUUGUCCAAUCAGUCGAUCGCCGUCUGGACUUCAAAGAAAUACCAUCGCUCCUCGCCAAACUAGAACGAAACAGCAGCCCGGAGAGAUUCAACCUUACAAAGUGCUCGCGAUAUUUAAAGGUAAACUUUUAGUUUAUUACCAGAUACUAUUGAUCCAACUGUCAUCUGACCAUUACCGACCAGUCUACCAUGUAAAAUUCUUAAAUAGGUUGUCUGUUUCACCCAAGGGCGACGUCAAUUUCGGAGAAAACUCUGGAAUAAUUUCUAACUGUUUUAAAAGUUAAGAAUUAAGAAUGGCCAUAUUUAUUCAGUAUCAAAAGCAUUGCAUUUUCGACAAUUUGGGUUUAUAGAUCGCUAAAAAUGUUUAUUUUUUCAUCACAGGAUCUUUCAAGUUUAUUCUCCAACAACGUGCAUCUGUUAUUCCCGGACAACGAGUUUCCACAAAUUGCUAAGGAGAGGCUUCGACUCGGUCAAGUGAUAAAUUUAUUCGGUGGAGUUGAGGUGAGUUGGACUUUUGCAUGAAUUUAUUCUGAUCACCCCUAAAACACAUGUUUUUGGAAGACAACAUGGUGGACCCGUGUAGCGAUUCUGAUUAUUGUCGAUUUCACACUUCGUGUUUCCGAACGAUUUCAACACCAUUCAAAUUUAUUGUUAAUGUCGGCUCAUGGGUGCAAAAUACGCUUUGAUUUUUUGAUGAAAAUACUUAGUAUUCCAAUAAAAUUAGUUUUCUGAUGUCACUAGCAGUCCGUUCCGUUAAAUUCUACUCGGCUCUCCUCGUUUGUCAUUUAAGAAAUUGACACGUUAUGUACAUCUGAGUUAAAUUUCGCUUUCGUGUUUGCAAGGUAUGGCGAAUGGGUACUUUUAUUUACCUUCAAUCAUGAUCACUAUUGAUCUUCAAGACAUUAGUUAUCUUUAUCUUUGUUGUACCUUAAAGUCAAACUUCCUCGUUGAUUCCUGAUCAUAUUUCUUGAGCUGACAAAAUGACUUCAUCUAACUUCCGGUUAGUCUUUUGGUGAAUUUGAUUGACAUAUUCUAGCUAGGGCGGUAAGUGCACCAGUAACAUGCUCCUUUUUUUUUCCAGAUCGUGUUACAAAUUCUUUUUUAUCCCACCACUUAUGGUUUCAAGUGUUGCAAAAUAAGACCAACAAGUAAGUGAAUAUAUGCUUAUUUUUUAUGGUAGUAUUUUCAGGUAACCUUGAUUAAUGAGCUAGUUUCAUGGUAUUUGUCAUUUGAGUAUGUAAAGCCAGCGGGAUGGGUGGAAGGGGGGUGGGGCAUGGCAUGUUGUGGGGAUCUGACAUUUUGCAAAAAUGUUCUGUCAAAUUCCCUGCCCAAGGGCAAAUCAUUCAAUAUACCUUUUACCGAUAUGGGUUGUCUUUGACUUAAGUCUUACCUGUGUUCUGGUUUCUAGUAAAAGCAAUAACUGAGAUCUUUUAUUGAAAUGCAACAACAGUAUCAAACCAUUUUAGUCUCGUACAGCAUUGAAGUCAUUUUAGAACUUAAGUAUUAACCUUAUACUGAGCUCAAUCCAAAUUAUAGAAUAUCCACUAAUUACCCUGUCCCAUGGAUAAGGUAUAAGAAUGUGAGUUCAGAUUCUUUUGUGAAUGAUACCAACUAAAAUUUAUUUUUUAAAGUCUUGGUUACUAACUGAGACACUUACUGGAAAUAACUUCCGCAUUAGUGUGCGUAAAGCAAAAACAUCUUGAUGUCACUACCAUGCUUAUAUACCCUCAUACAAACACGUCUCUUGGCCAAUCAGAACGUGCACACUAUCUUAGUUAUUUUAUAAAUUUAUGUAAAUAUAUUGUUAUUGUGUUUUACAUGGAUAAUGAAUGAUUUGGAUGAAAUUCUCAAUAGCACCUUGCAUUAAUUAUGUUUCUAUUUUAUGACUCAAACUUAUGUUUGCUGAUAUUUAGAAGGCAAAGUAUUGAAUAGUUUAAUAUUUAGGAUACAGAAGAUCAAAGAUCUUCCUUAUGACAUUAUGUUAUAUUGUACUUUGCAGGAAUGCAGCAAGAUCAUUUGUGGACACUGUGUCUUGACUUCAUUCACAGUCUUUGUCUUAUGGUAAGUGCUUUUUUGGUAGGUAUUUUAUUUUUUCAAUUUUUGUGGCUCUCAUGUACUUAACUUUUGGCUUGAGGCUGAUCGACGACGUUUCAAUUUGGUUUUUAAUAAGAAAGAAAUUUUAUGUCUUCAGUAAUACCAGGGCUCGAAGUUAUCUUUUUAGUGCACUUGCAAAGUUUUGCUAGUAAGAUUUUUUCCACUAGCAAACUGGUGAGACCACAAGCAAAUUAUUUCCCUUUGUUUGGGAGACAUUGAUAAUUCUAACUCGCAAUCGUUUGCUAGUGGAUAUUUUUCUUACUCGCAGAUCAUCAAAAUCACUCGCAUUUUGCGAGUUUGCGAGCGUUAAUUUCGAGCCCUGAAUACUCAUAGUUUUAAACAUCUUUUAAGUCUUAAAAUAAAGAUAUACCAAGAUUUUUACAUGGAAUUUAAGGAUCCUACUGUAAGGUUCUUCUUCUGUUCAACUGUAUUUUGUAAUGUGGGUAAUUGCAAAGCGUGUAGUAAAAGUUAAACAAGAUCUUGAAUGCUAGUGCAUGUUCUCAUGAUUUAGUACUUACUUGAGCAAUUAAUGUGUAGGUUGGUUAAAUGUUAUUUUGGAGGCGGGAUCAAAUAGUUGUUAGUUUUUAAGGUGAUCUUUUUUUUUCUGUUUUUCAUGUCAGGUUGAUGGAGUGGCUCUUAAUUUGGCCAAGAGAAAUGACUUAAUAGGACAUUUAUUCACCCUUCUAGAGCAAAAAAAGACAUUUAGGUAAGUAAAAAUCCUUGACUUUGCUGUGAUCGUGCAAGUUGACAUUUUUAGCUUAAUUGUUUGAGCAUUCUAAAUCAUUCAUAUUUAUUUUAUUUUUAUUGUUAGUUUUGCUCUUGUGGUGUUGGAGGAUCUCUUUAGCUCAAGGAAAGAACUCAUUGAUCUCGAAAAAAUUGGUAAGCUUUUACAAAUCUCUAUAAAUGCCAAGAAAUAAAACAGUAACAAUAAAAACAAGUAGGUCUGUGACAAACUAACAAACAACAAUGAAAGAUCCUUUGCAUUAAUGCUUUUUUGAUAAGUCAAUAUUUUAUUCAAUGGUGAAAGUUGAUUGGUUACCUUAGGGUACCAUUACUAUGAAGUAAUAUACAGUUAUGUCUUUUUCUGAUCAGUACAUAUUUCAUGUUUCUUUUUCCUUGCAGUAAAUAUGAGGAAAUUGAUGAGCAUCCUUGAUCAGCAGCAGCUAGCAAAUCUCUGCCGAGUGUUGUCGUUUUCUCUCUCAGACUUAGAAUCUGUUGAAGAAAGGAGCACUUGUGAGUUUAAUUACUGUAUUAAUUUUUAUAUAUAUAUAUUUUAAUAAAUUAGACGUAGAGAAAAAUUUAAAAAUAUCUCUGUAAGCUAUUCAGAAGAGUGAGCGAUUGGUAAUUGGAUUCAGAAUUGGAAUCUGUGGAAGGAAGGAGCACUUGACAGUUUUAUUCAUGUUUAAAAAACUGUUUAAGCUUAAUAUUAUAUAUAUUUUUACAAAAACUGUGUUAAAGAAAAUUCCAAAAAUAAUUUUGUAACCUUUUUAAAAGAGAGACCUAAUUAUGUGAUUGAUUUUCAUGUCUUGGGAUCAGUUAUUACUUUAUUGAUAAUUCAUUGUAACAAAAUAAUUUUAAAUUUUUAGUGCUUGCGCAAGAUGAAGCUGACAAAAAGGGAUUGUCGCAGAAGGAAGUAGCAGACAAUAAUCAAGGUAAUCCUGAGAUAGAUGUUUUAUCCAUGCAUGACUUAGGCCCUUGCUAAAUGAUCAAACAAUUAUUAUUUGUGUAACAUCUUGUCCAACAUCUUAUCAGAAAGAUGAAAUUUAAUUUUUAAUUUUUAAAAUUUUUUACAAAUGGCCUAUUUUAAGUACCAGUCAAAUGGGUCAUUAAACACUUUGUUUUAACAACUGGCCUUACAUUUUUUAUAAUAGUGGGUGAUGAUUUUUCCCCUUUUUUCAACAGCUACACUCAUUGGUUUGAAAGAGUUUCUACCAAGAAUUGUUAGACUGGCCUGUCAGCCACUUGGUGAGUUAAUAAGCAUUGACAGGAUCACAUUUGAACCCUUUAAGACCCAGUAUCCAAAUACAAAUUCUCUAGACUGAUCUCCAUACAAUUUUUCAACAAAUUUUUUGAGAAAAUUUGACAAAAGUCAAAGAAUCAUUUUAUUAAUACUCAUUGUUAAACUUUUCUCUUGAUGAUGUAUUGAUAUUUCCUGGACAAAAUUGAGGUUGGGAACUCUUAAGGCUUAAAAGGGUAAAGGGUUUUUUAAGAUGCUGGGGUGGGAAUGUUACAAAUUGGGACAGGAAACUACAUGACUCAUACUUAUGGCAAAAAGGAAUGUUUCAACAAGUUUCAAGGGGAAAGUUAACUGUUUUUGGAAUAAUUUUUGGGGGUGGAAUUAGUUUUUUUAUUUGCUUGGGUUAAAUCAAUUAAUUUUUUUUUCCAGUAGAAAGAAGUUCUUCUCCUGGUAGUUUGCUACUUGGACAUGCCCAAGGUGGAUUUCUUGAUAUGGUUGAUUUCCACACCUUCUUGCAAGAUGUGCUAGAGACAGGAGGAAUUGAUAUGGGUAUGUACCUCUUUGAGUUCAGUUUAAGGGUUCUGCAAAUGAGUGUAGUUACCUGUAGCAACGUUCAGGGAUGUGGCUCAGAAAAAGCUAAGCAGGCUUUUUUUAUUAGUCAAGCUGGGUUUUUAUUCAGUUGCACCUUCAAAACUUUGAUCAUUGGGAAGUUCCAGAAUAUGGACGCCUCCCUUAACCCUUUAUACCCUAAGAUCAAAAUUUGAAUUCUCAUUUGUUGCCCCUAUUCAUUUCCUACAGAAGUAGUGGGGAGAAGUUGAUAAAAUAUCAAGCAAAUUCAUCUUGUGUGAUCAUGUCCAUAAUUCUCAUGACCACUCUGUUUUACAAAGCAUUGAUAUUAAAAGGAGAAAUUUGAUGCUGAUCACACACAGAGUUGCCUCUGUCUGUUGUAGUCACCUUCUUUUCAAGGCUUUCUAUAAAGAGAAUAUAUUGAAUUAUUGGGGUCCCUGUUGUUCGUUAGUCAUUUUCUUUUAAUGUCUCCAACCCCACAGAAAACUACUUUGUAUAGUUGACUAUUAUUAAAAGUAAUAUAAAACAUAUUGCCAAUAUUUUCUUUUUUCAGAUCCUGAAGAGCGUGAAGCAGUGCCAAUGUUGCAGUCAAGAUUUAAUCGCAUACACGAGGUUUGUGGAAGUUAUUUUAUAAUGGGUACUCUUUAUAUUAUAUGUAUUGUAAUGAAAGAUAUGGCUUUAAAUCAUUAAUUUUAAGAUAAAACACUAACUGUAUGACCACACAUUUUUAUGUAAUAUUUUUUUCCUUUUUCAGCUUAUGCACAAAGUGGAGGUGUUUUAUGUUCUUUGUUUGUUCUUGACGGGAAAGCACAAGGUUAUGGUAGGUUGACAAAAUCAUCAUGACAAUUUUUCUUUCUUAUUAGUAUACCAAAUAGGAAUGGAUGAAAAGCUUUGAAUGAAAGUUAAUAUGUUUGAAUAGUUUUGGAACGUUUUUCCGUAUAAGUGGUUUUUAACUCUUUCUUCCCUUGUAUCUUUUAUUUUGUAGGUCCAGAAAAAGCUCUCAGACUUAAAGUUGAUUCCUGGAAUGUGCAUUUUGUUUGACAAAAUGUCAUGGCUUAAAGAUACUGAAAGAUUGUAAGUAUGAUAUUCACUAAAUUCUCCUUGUUACAGAAAGUUCCGUGAAUAUUGUAGUGGUGAAAUACGUGUAGCCUUGGUUAUUAAUUGAAUCUUUUUUGUCUUUUUACAGCAGCCCAGACAUGAUGGACUUAGGAGAAAUGGGUGAUCACGAGUGCACACCCCAAACUGCUUUGAAGAUUCAGUUUCUACGUCUUGUUCACAGCUUCUGUGAUCGGCAUGAGUAAGUUUUCAUAUACUGUUUGCUUUUGAAAAUUCAACAGUAUGACUGUGCCACAUGGAGUAGGGAAUAUUGUUGUUGUUAUUAAUAUUAUAAUAAUGGAACUACUUUAUUUAAUACUACAGUUCUGACAGGAAUUUUCUCUUAUUUCUAGGAAUAAACAUCUUCUACUAACUCCCAAAGAAGUUGAUGAACUUCAAGAGCUGUAUGGUGAGAAGAAUUGUUUGUUCAAUAAGCCACCAAUUUUAACAAGUGCAUAAAAUGGCAAUUAGUUCUGCAAUAAUUGUGUCCUAAAACUUUCAUUUGGCACACAUGCAGGGUUCUUAAUGGAAUAUUGUAUUCUUUUGUUUACAUAUUCUGCAAUGUGCCUCAUAUGUUUUUUUUCUUUUCCUACAGUUCAAAAUGACCUUGAACUUCCUGAAAGUUUGCCCAACACUAACAGGUUUGUUCUUUUUCUGUUCUUUGAAUCACCAUUCAUCUAUUUUCAUAAUUAAAACUGAGUGUUGCCAACCACAAGUUUUUUGUAAAGGUCAAAAUAUUAUGUCAUGUUUUCAUCCUCACUUUAAUUUAUUUUUCUUUCAGGAAGCUCUGUUGUACAGGAGAAAAGGGACUACUGACAAAAAUUUUGGAAACAUUGAUUGAAUGCCCUGCGACUGCUCCUUUAAGGUAAUUUAAGUAGUUUAGUUUAUCAUUUCAGCUGCAGUUUGAAUUUUAAGUAAUGCGAAACCAAUAUAUAUGGCAAACAAAAGUAGUUUUUCCUGUCAGUUACAACUCCAAGUUUGAUCUUGUGGAAAAAAAAAAUAGAACUGGGCCAAACAAUCUUUCAGAAUGUUAUUUCUAGGUUCAAACUGAUUAUUUAGUUUUCAUUUUAUGUUCACCAGGUUUUGGCUUUCAAGGGCUAUUGAAGGAUUUCUUCGUGGCAGAGCAUCAGUUGGAGACCAGCUUUUCCUGAUCAAGAGAGGCCUGCUUGAGGUAUGCCAAUUUAUGGGUUUUUCAUACUCACCUCACACCCUUUAAUAAUUCAGCUAAUGUUCGGGUUGUAAGGAAAAGUCCAAGUAAUUCUUCAAGUAUUGUUGAUAUAGUUCUUGUUUGGAGUGAGGAGCAUUGUCAGAGUAUUAUUGUAAGUGCUGAGAAUUAAGGAUAUUUAAAAAAGCUCAAGAUGAAUUCUGAGAUUACAGUUUAUGAUUGAUGGAGCUGAAAAAGAUAGCCGUUGCAGGUUUCAAUUUUGAUGCACAUGUUGUAGUUAUUUUUUUAUUUCAGAUAAUUUUUAUUUUUCUUUUGUUUCAACUUCAUUAGCAUACACUAACAUACCCCAAAACAAAAGAAAAACAAAAAUUACCUGAGAUAAAAAAUUAACUACAACAUACAUGUUAUUGAACAGCAAUGGAAAAACCUUUAGUUGUGAAACAAGUGACGACACUUGAAAGAAUAAUUUGUUUAAUGAGGCACCGUAUUAAAUGUCUUUUUUUUUUUGUUUUGUCUUAUAGCACCUUGUUGACCACAUCACAAGUGAUGAACUUAAGCCAAAGGAGAUUCUUCAAAGCAGUUUUGACUUGCUUGGUGAACUGAUGAAAUUCAAUCCAUUUGCUUUCAAGAGAUUUGACCAAGUCAUUAGCGACAAACAGGUAAGCAGCUGACCUUAGAUACACACCAUGCAAAUAAUGCAAUGGUUAUAAAUUUUUUAGCGUAUUUGGACUCGACAGUGCAUAACAUUUUGAACUAUAGUCUGUAACUGGCCAAGAGAAACAUACCAGUAAUUUCUUCAGUUACCGUUUUAACAGACGAAUGUGCUCAUGUGGUUAGUUAGCUUUCAAAUUAAACUGCAGCCACCACUGCUAUUCAUCUUAUGUUCUUUCUGUGGCUUUCAUGAACAGUCUACUCUACAUGAGCAAGUGUCUCAACAAGUCCCAAUUUUAUCAUCAUCAUCAUCAAGUUACUCACCAAAGAUCUAUAACCAUUAACAUUUCUGUUUUUUAUGGUGAUUAAUUUUCUGUUCUCGUUCUUUUACAGUUUGAGAAAUUUGUGUCCAUCCUGACAUCGAAUGUAGUGGAUUCUAACAUGUUGAUUCGCUGUCUGGUGUUAUCUCAGGAACACUUUAUGUCUGACCGAUUUUUCUCAGGUAAGAUCAAUACUUUUCCAGACAUGAGAGAUCGUUGUUUGAAAGGACCAACAAGAAGUGCAGAAGUAGUAGAAGUGCAUUAAUCUUUUUGAUUUCUAAUGACAACUGUCAACAUGUAUUUGAAUAAGUUUUGUUUGGACCAAAGUAAUAUAUUUUCUUCUUCUUUUUAACAGCUUUCACUGGAACUUGCAAGCUUGGCUCUCUAAUUAACAACUGGGAACAGAUGAUUUUCUUGCUUUACAAACUGAUCAACUCCAUUACUGUUGGAACUCUUACUCAGGUGAGUUUAAUUUAUUAAACCUUUGUGUCACACGUAACAGAGAGAAAUUUAAAUGGCCUUGCAGUCUAUUUUAAAUCCUUAAAUGGUGUUGAAAACAUAAGGUGGCACAGAAAAGAACAAGAAAUCCAUAUGUAAAUGUUAACCCUUUAAGUCCCAAUAGUGACCAACAUCAAUUUUCUCCUAACAAUAUCCAUACAAGGUCAAGACAAAAGGUUAUGAGAACUAAUAAAAUGAUCAGCAAAGAGAAAAUGCUUUGAUCUACUCUCAAAUUCUCUCAAUUAAUUCUUAAAGGAAAUGUAUGGAGAUCAGGUUGGAGAAUUUGUAUGUGGACAUUGGGGCUUAAAGGGUUAACCAGAAGGGUGUAUUUUGUGAAGAGCACACCCAUUAUGGAAUCAUUCAUAUUGCUGGAGGAAAGAAAUUUUAAAAAAAUUCAAGUAGAGGUUUUCGACUCUAUUCUGAUCUUUUUUUAACAUUCUUUUUUUCUAGGAAAAUGUGAGCUGUCUGAACACCACUCUUGUUUUUCUGAUGUUUGGUCACAGACAUGGACGUCUCCCAGCUUAUCUCACGGUGAGAUAUUAAUGGUAUUUGUUUGCAACUGUUGAAUCAUUUGGUUGUCAUUUUUGCCUGUGUCAUUUGAGAGCCAAAAAAAAAACAAACAAACAAUACAAAGAAAUUACCAACUUUAUUUCACAGAAGUAGUGGCUCAUAGAUUUUGCAUAUAAUUUCCCUUGCUGUCACACUAACUCAAACUUAAGUGUAACCUAUUUUUUAUAAUAUAUGAGUAUCCCAUUAAUUUUCUUAUGUUUUUUUUAUCUUCUGUUAUGUUACUGUAGGCUUUUGUCAGGGAAGAGAACAUUCAGAAUAAUCCAGGCUUCAUCUUGACAAAUUUGAGGUGAGCUGAAAUUGCUGUCCGCAAUAACUAUUCAUUACCUAAUCUUUGUUCAAAUCUCAUGAAUUAAUUUAUUAUCGAUACUCCAUCACCCAAUCUCCUUCAUAGGACUAAUUUUGUUAAUAGAACCAAUUGCAUUUAUUAAUACAGACAAAACAAUAAUUUUUUGUACUUGUAGAGUCAAAUGCUCAGUGUUGCUUAAUUUAAAAUAGCAUGUUUUUGUUUCUCUUUGCAAUUUAGACUUUUAUUAAUAGAAGCAAUUGCAUUGAUUAAUACAGACAAAACAAGAAAGAAUUUUUUGUAGUUGUAGAGUCGAAUGCUCAGCAUUGCUUAAUUUAAGAUAGAAUGUUUUUGUUUCUCUUUGCAAUUUAGACUUUUAUUAAUAGAAGCAAUUGCAUUGAUUAAUACAGACAAAACAAUAAGAAUUUUUUGUAGUUGUAGAGUCGAAUGCUCAGCGUUGCUUAAUUUAAAACAAAAUGCUAUUGUUUCUCAUCGCAAUUUAGACUUCUGUUAGAGUUCUGGAAGACUCAUUAUUUGAGAAGAGGAAAGGAUUGCUCUGCUCUUGAACAGGUAUGGAAAGUUAAAACCCUUUAGUUUACUGUAUCUUAUCGGUAUUGCAUUUAGAAGAGCAUACAUGUAAGCAAACUUGCGAUGCAAGUUCUCCUCCUGUAUCUCAAUAUUAUAUAAAAAUUGAUCUGCCCAAUUUUUGUGACGAUAGAUGCAAAAAAGGGGCUUUUCUUUCAACAGAAUUAAACUCUUUAGAGGCAAAACUUGUAGGAAUGUGUGGUUGGGGUAGAAAGGAAAAAUGGGAUUUUCUCUCCUGGAUUCCAGUGCAACUUGCACAUAAUAGUCAAAAUCAGAUUUAGCCACAAUUAUUGCAAUAAAUAAUAAGUUUUCCCUCUAAAAAUGUUAAAUGUAUUUAUUUUUCCUCUUCUUCAGAGUUCCUGCAUCAGCUUUGACAACUGGAAACAAGUUGUUGACAUUCUGCUGUCGGAUUCUACAUCAAACACUUCAGUUCUUCAUUAUCUGCCAUCAUCUUGCACAAGAGACAAUUAAACAGACAGCUGUCAAUCAACAGACUAGAUAUCCAAUAUGCGGAGAAGUGUCAAGCUGGUCUUGAUCAAAUUCAAUAUAUCAAGUGAUUACUCAGUUUAACCAAACAUGUAGAACACAUGGUAACAUAUCUGAACAGUAUUGGCCAAUAUGGACCUACCGGGGUGCUUGCAUUGUAAACACCUUGCAAAAACACAAAAAUUUAUAAAUCCUACUGAUAAAAUAUUAUACAUUGUUCCAAUAGUUAAGCAUAAUAUAAUACAACAGUUACAACCCUAAAUUAAAUUAUUGUGGGUAUUAGGAAAAACAGGAUAUUCUUUUCAAUAAUUAGAAAGAAAGAAAAAAACAGUUUUUAAAGAGAAUUUAGUCUUCAAUGUUUUAUGAAAAUUUCUCAGGGUGUUUGUGAAAAAAAAAGGAUUGAAGUCAGGAAACGGUUUAGUGUACAGUAAUAAUAUUUUUAAGGUCUUUUCAUCACGUGUAGUGUGAUUUUGUUUGUAGGGGCAGUUAUGCAAUUUACCAGCUCUGCUUUUAAUGAAUUUUAGGUCUAAGAAUAAGCAAAAUCAUAUAGCUAUUCAUUCGGUGAUUGUAUAGUGUUAUCAGCAUUUUUUAUAUGUUUUCGUGUGCUAGGUAAAAGUGUUAGGCAUAUUAGGGUAUUGUGUUGUUCCAGAAAAUAUCCAUCCCUUGCCCCCACCCCUCUGGUAAUUCCAGUUUGGCUUCAGACUUUCCUUUAAAAAAAUUGGUCUCUAAGACCCCCUCCCCUUUUGACCGUCCAUGGGGUGGGUACAGAUAUUUUGUGGAACAACAUUGUGACUUAC